GCGGGUCGCGCCCCCGGCGGUGAUGGGCGCGGCCAGACCCUGAGGGGGAGAAAACAGGGUCGGUCGCUGGUUCGGUCGCUUCCGACGGGAGGGAAGGGGCGACCCAGGACCAGGGGUGUCCGGCCGGACACGACGGCCGCUGUCUGCGGCUGGUGGCCGCACAGGUCGGGGUUCCGUCCCCCACAGCCUGGGAGACCCGCGUCCUUCCCGUUCGGGCCCCGGACAGAUGCCCCCGGUUGCAGGAGGGGCACAGACACCUCGGAGGGACGGAGGACGAGCAGCCCUAAGCGCUUCUGAUAAUGCUCUGAGAAAGGUCGGGGCUGCCGCCAGGGCUGGCCGGAGCAAACCGCGUUCUUUCGACGGCCGUGAGCUUCCCAGACUGGAACUCGGGGCUGGGUGGUCCCGGGGGCGCUCCUCAGGCUGCUGGAAAUCGGGUCUCCCGGCUCUGGGUUUGGACGGAGUCACCUGCCGAGUUCUGCAGUUCUCAGCUGUGACCUGCAGACGUCCCCAGUUCCUCUUCAGGGCUUGGCGGGCAAGUAGUGAGCCGUGGGUGCGAGUGGUGCGCGGCCACAGCUCGCGUAGCGCGCCAGGUGUGCGUUUGUAUACCUGGUGGUGACGCGAGGUAGGUGACGCGAGGUAGCUGCCGCUCACGCCUGGCACUGAAGUGGUCCACGUGCUUGUCAUUUGAGCUCCCAGUUCUUCUGAAGGGAACGUCGGAUGAUGAUGUCCCGUGUCCCGGCUACCUGUUUGAAGAGAUUGCUACACCCCAGAAAUCUCCCACGAGUCGCUGGGCAGCAGCCAGUGCCUGCUGGAAUACCUCCUGAACCGCCUGUACAGCAGCUCUGGCCACGUGAAGCUCAAGGUGCUGAAGAUCCUGCUCUACCUGUGCAGCCACGGCUCCUCGUCCUUCCUGCUUAUCCUCAAACGCAACUCCUCCUUCAUCCAGGAGGCCACAGCGUUGGCAGGGCCCCCGGAUCCUCUCCACGGGAACAGCUUGUACCAGAAGGUGCGGGCGGCCGCCCAGGACUUGGGGAGCACCUUGUUCUCCGACACCAAGUUGCCGCUGCCUCCCUCCCAGCCUCCCGGGGCCUUGCCUCCUGCAGGCAUGGGCUCCCAGUCCAGGCCUCACAGCAGCCUCCAGGGUUUCGGCUACAGCCAGGAACGGGGCCACACAGGGAACCACCGUGGGUGCCUCCCUCCAGGAGGACACAGGCAGGGGCAGGACACGGCGGCCGUGCCAUCUUCGUUCUCCUGGAUGCAGGCUCUGCGGGCAAAGCCUUCCUCUCCACCAUCCAGAAGGCUGCAGAGGUGGUGGCUAAUGUUGUGCGCCCUGGGACGGAAAGUCUCAGUGCCCAGAGGCCCUUGCCACGGGGGGACACCUACCAGCCUGCUGUGACACCACUGGCCAGCCAUGGCCACCCCACCCCUGGGAACCCGCUGCCUGGGGCCAUCCCGGGCACCCGAGCUGUGAGGCACCAGCCUGGGCAGGCCGGAGGGGGCUGGGAGGAGCUGGACAGCGGCCCCAGCUCUCGGAAUUCUUCCCAGAACAGUGACCCGAGCAGGGCCUCGGACUCAGGCAGUCGGUCCGGCAGUGACAGCCACUCGAAGGCCAGCCGGGAGCCAGGCGACCUGGCAGACAGGGCUGAGGCCUCGAGUGACUGCCAGCAGGAGCUGAGCCUAGUGAGGACAGUGACCCAGGGGCCAUGUGCCUUCCUGAGCCGUGAGGAGGCGCAGCACUUCAUCAAAGAGUGUGGGCUGCUCAACUGCGAGGCUGUGCUGGCGCUGCUGAUCCACCACCUGGGCGGGACCAGCGAGUGCACCCAGAUGAGAGCGCUGAGCGCCAUCGCCUCCCUGGGGGGUGCCGACCUGCUCCCCCAGGAGCACAUCCUCCUCCUGUCGCGGCCGCGGCUGCAGGAGCUCAGCAUGGGCAGCCCUGGACCUGUGACCAACAAGGCCACCAAGAUCCUGAGGCACUUUGAAGCCUCCUGUGGACAGCUGCCCCCUGCCCGGAGGCCCCCCGCCGAGCCGGGCCCCGCAGCCUCCCUCGCAGGCCCGUCCGACCUGCUGGCCGAUGCUGUGCCUCUCACGGGGGGCCGGGUUGUCCUCCAGCCUCUGAGUUCAGCCCUGCUCCCACCCCUAUCCCCGGACGCCUCCCCUCUCCCAGCCCUCGGAGACGCCAGUGGGGCCAAGACCGGACUGGCAGGCUCCCGAGAGCAGGGGGCGAGACACCAGCAGGCCCUGGGAGGCACAGCCAUCCCCGAGGGAGGCCCCAGCACCUGCCCAUGGAGCCGUGACUCCUUGUUUGCUGGCAUGGAGCUGGUGGCCUGCCCCCGCCUUGUGGGGGCCAGGGCUGCUGCACAGGUGUCCCGCCUGGACCCCCAGGGCCCCCGGAUAUCAUCACAGAGGACAGCAGCCAAAGAGCCCGAGCCAUCAGCUUUUGCAUUCUUGAACGUGUGACCAUGUUGGCCUGGCCCUGGAGGUUUUCAGCCUUAGCCGGCGAACUGCGCUUCCAGAGCGGCCCUUGGCCGGAGCUGCUACAGACUCCAGGCAACUUGACCUGAGAGGAAGACCCCAGGGCUACCUCAGUUUCCCUCACCUCCUGUGCCAGAGGCUGGCUGUUUUGAUUUGAUUCCUACAGCAGAGGACAGGCUGGUGGCAGGGCCUCCGAGUUGCUGACUUCAGGGUCCCAGGGCCACCCCUGUCUGCCUUGCCCUCUGGAACCCAGCUGCUCCUGUGGACUGGGGACAGUUGCUCGGUUCUCACUCUGCUUCAUCUGAACUCUGCUCCCCUCCCCAGGGAGGGCUCCUUCUCCUGGGGGCGGCCGGGUGCUGACGAGGCAGGGUUGGUGCCCGUGGCUCAAGGGGGUCCAGCCUAUACGCUGCCUCUGGGCUCCCACUGUCCCCUCUGCCACAGCAGCUCCCAGCAGACCUGGCCUUGGGCACCUGAGUGACGAGUCCAGGUCUCAGGACAGAGACAGCCUGCAGAGCUGUUUACGUGUUCUGAAUAAACACUACUGUUUAUACA